AUGGCCCCACAAGCUAGACAUGUGGCCUGCAACUCCUGUCGCCAACGCAAGACCCGCUGCGACGGUAAUCAGCCCUGUUGCAAUCAGUGUGCCACUAGAAACAGUGCCUGCAGCUACAUUCGCCCCGAGGUCCACGACCAACGGGAGAUUCUAGGCCUGUUGAAAGAUUUAACUCAACGACUGAGUGCCUUUGAAAAUGACCUUGCCCCUCAAUACGAACCGGUCACUCCCGGAGUUGAGCAUGAUGCUGCGACAGAUCCAGUGUCAUUUUCACCAGACGACAUGUUACCCUCUGAUUUAGGGACCGUGGAACAGACUUCAGAUGACAAUAUCUUCAUGAUGCCGCAGGUAGCGGAUAUUGAUUUCCAACAAAUACUGGCCGAUUUGGAGAUAUCAUCACCACCAAUUUUUGGGGAUACGUUUCCAGUGCCGAUGAUGUCCUGGUACGAUGCGAACAAGCUUGUUGAGCCCAAAUUGGCCGACAAUGUAGUUUCAUCGGACUCGGAAUUGCAGAACAUGUAUUUCUCACCAUUCAAUGAAGAUCGGGUUGCUCUGGGUCUAGUUCCUUACCAUCUAACCAUGGCAUUCACAGAUACCGGACAUAUAUUUAUAAGGCGAAUUCUGGCUGUUUUAUGA